AUUAUUUUGUUCCGUUCACUUUUCAUCUUCCUGUUUGCCUUUAUUAAGUUUUGAUUGGAUUAGUGGCCAUAAUUGAGAGAGAGAACGGCAAUGGAGUCACCGUUCAAAGCAGACAUUUUGAAAGGGAAAGUGGGUUUAAUUACAGGCGGUGGCUCAGGCAUUGGUUUCGAGAUUUCUACCCAGUUGGGCAAACAUGGAGCUUCAAUUGCUAUUAUGGGUCGACGCAAACAUGUCCUUCAAGCUGCUGUUUCUGCUCUUCAAUCCCUUGGGAUUCAUGCUGUUGGCUUUGAGGGGGAUGUUCGUAAGCCGGAAGAUGCAAAAAGAGUGAUUGAAUCAACUUUCAAACAUUUUGGCCAUAUUGACAUUCUUGUGAAUGCUGCUGCUGGAAACUUUCUUGUGCCUGCCGAAGAUUUGUCCACUAACGGGUUUCGAACAGUUAUGGAUAUUGAUUCUGUUGGUACCUUCACAAUGUGCCGCGAAGCACUCGAGUAUCUCAAAAAGGGAGGACGUGGAAGGAACUCACCGAGUGGCGGAUCAAUCUUGAAUAUCAGUGCUACUUUACAUUAUACAGCCUCUUGGUACCAAAUACACGUCUCUGCAGCCAAGGCAGCUGUUGAUAGCAUUACCAGAAACUUAGCACUCGAGUGGGGAACUGACUAUGAUAUCCGGGUCAAUGGUAUUGCUCCUGGCCCUAUUGCCGAUACACCCGGCUUAAGUAAACUCGCACCCGACGAGAUUACCAUCAAGGCUCGAGAGCACUUGCCUUCCUAUAAAAUAGGGGACAAAUGGGAUAUUGCUAUGUCAGCUAUCUACCUUGUUUCAGAUGCUGGUAAAUUUGUGAAUGGGACUACACUCGUAGUUGAUGGAGGACAUUGGCUGAGGAAUCCUCGCCGUCUACCGAAAGAGGAAGUCAAGCAGUUGUCUCGAGUGGUCGAAAAGAGAUCGAGAGAAACGCCGGUCGGAGUUCCAUCCAGCAAGCUGUAAAAAAACCAACAUGGAGUGAUUAUCAAUGCUUCAACUUAUAGCUAAAAGCUAUAGAGGUUAUGGAAUUUAUAAAAUGACAUUGCCAUUUAGGCCCCGUUUAGUACAGUGGAUCUAAAACAAGAGUGAAAGAUAUCUUACCAUAUUAUUGUGAUUGGUUGUUGAAAUUUGUGAUAUUUAUUACUCUUCUUACCUUGUGUUUGGUAAGAAUUAAAAGACAGUGUUAUUAGUA